AUGGCCAUCAAUGACCAGUUUCGACAUAAAACGGUUUGCAUGCUCAGUUGCCGGUUUUGUUCCAUGCACGUAUGCAAGCGAGGUAUGAAGGCGAUGUUACUAGCCGACAUGACUGUGGAGCUGUAUUCCACCGAUAUCCCGCCUUCCUCUGUGCAGCUGGUUGGGACAGAUUACAAAACGAACAUGUGCAGUUGUAAAAUCCGCGAUAUAGCGUGUUUAACAUGUGGUAAUGCUAUUGGAUAUCAUAUCACCAUGCCUUGCCAGGUGUGCUUACAUUCUUGCAACAACGGGCACUUUUGGAUGUUUCGGACGGAAGGCGUUGUUGCUGCUGAUCGGUUGAAUGGUAUAGGUAAGUCAGAGUGGGGCGCAGAUUGUUUGUGGAGCUCAGCCUCUGCCAGCCUGCCUGACUGA